CUAUUCAUCGACCGUCAUUUAAACGUUUAAGAGUGACGAGUACCACACUACUAUAUAAAAUCACCGCCACUCUUUUUUUUGUAUGUACUUUAGUGACAGGUGUGUGAGCUUACAACAAUAAAGUUAAGUAGUGCUGAAGACUAAACCACCAUGUCAUCAGCUACCUUAAGCUCGGUAGCGUCUCCCACGCCAGGAAUCUUCUCCCCUACGAAUAUGUUUUAUUUUUUGCUUGUGCCAGCCCUAACUCUCUUCUACAUCUACUGGAAAGUAUCCAGGCGUCAUAUGAUUGAGCUGGCAGACAAAAUUCCCGGACCUCCUGGAUUGCCCAUUAUCGGAAACGCUUUGGAAUUUAUUGGCAGUCCUAAUGAUAUAUUCAAUAACUUUUACCAAAGAUCCUUUGAGUUCGGAAGAACCGUUAAGGUAUGGGCCGGACCCAGGCUUCUAAUUUUCUUAACUGAUCCACGAGAUGUUGAGGUUAUUCUUAGCAGUCAUGUACACAUUGAUAAAUCACCAGAAUACAGAUUCUUUAAACCAUGGUUGGGCGAUGGUCUUCUUAUCUCUACUGGUCAAAAAUGGCGCGCCCACAGAAAACUGAUCGCUCCCACAUUCCAUUUGAAUGUGUUGAAAUCCUUUAUCGACCUCUUCAACAAAAACAGCAGAGAAACCGUUAAGAAACUUGAAAAAGAACUUGGAAAGGAGUUUGACUGUCAUGACUACAUGUCCGAAGCAACUGUAGAAAUUCUCUUGGAAACUGCUAUGGGUGUAAGCAAAAAGACCCAAGAUCAGAGCGGUUAUGACUACGCUAUGGCAGUAAUGAAGUUGUGCGACAUUCUUCACAUGCGUCAUACUAAAGUUUGGUUCAGACCAGACAUCAUCUUCAACCUUACCAACACCGCGAAAUAUCAAAAGAAACUGAUCAACGUGAUCCAUAGUUUAACUCGUAAGGUCAUUCAAAAGAAAAAGGCCGACUUUGAACAAGGUAUUCGCGGUUCAACGGCUGAAGUACCAGAAGAACUUAAAACUCAAAAAUACGAGAAGAAUAUUUCUACUAAAGCUACUACACUCGAAGGAACUUCUUACGGACAGUCUGUUGGCUUAAAAGACGACUUGGACGUAGAUGAUGACGUAGGUGAAAAGAAACGUAUGGCCUUCUUAGACUUGAUGAUCGAGGCAUCACAAAACGGAGUCGUAAUUAACGAUGAAGAAAUCAAAGAGCAAGUGGACACUAUUAUGUUUGAAGGACACGACACCACAGCUGCUGGCUCAAGUUUCUUCCUCUGUCAGAUGGCCGCUCAUCCUGACAUUCAAGAAAAAGUUAUUCAAGAAGUUGACGAAAUCUUCCAAGGAUCUGAUAGACCUGCUACUUUCGCCGAUACAUUAGAAAUGAAAUAUUUAGAGAGAUGUCUUUUGGAGACCUUAAGAAUGUUCCCUCCAGUUCCAAUUAUUGCACGUCAACUGCAGCAAGAUGUAAAAUUAGCAUCCAACCCAGACCAUGUACUACCAGCUGGUGCUACCAUCGUUAUUGGUACGUUUAAAGUACAUCGUCUAGAGGAGAUCUAUGGACCCAAUCCUGAUAAGUUUGAUCCCGAUAAUUUCUUGCCAGAAAAGGCUGCCAAUAGGCAUUAUUAUGGAUUUAUUCCAUUCAGUGCUGGACCAAGAAGUUGCGUAGGUCGUAAAUAUGCUAUGUUGAAACUGAAGAUUCUUCUCUCCACUAUUAUGCGAAACUUCAGAGUCAAAUCCAAUCUCAAAGAAGCAGACUACAAACUACAGGGUGAUAUUAUUUUAAAGAGAUCAGAUGGGUUUAAAAUUAUGCUAGAAAAGAGGAAGCCCACGGUUACAGCCAAAGCCUAAAUUUACUUUAAUCUAAUAAUAUUUAUUUAUCCUGUUGUAUAUUGUGUGUAAAAUAAUAAGAGCAAAGUGAGUUCUUUUAAUUAAUUUUUGUGUAAUCAUUAUCGACAAAGACUUUUUAAUUUGUCUUUUGCUCUAUUUCCUAAAUAUAUACAAGCCGUAGUUUUUAAGAGAGCAUCAAUGAACCAAUAAAGUUCCAAAAAUA